GAAAGGCUCUCGCUCCAUCCCCUCCGUUUCCGUUGUUUACGAUGAAGGCAGCUCUGAAGGGCAGGUACGACAUAGACAAGAACGGCGCCGCCGCCGCAACUCUCGCCGUCAGCACUGGCGAUGUCAAGAUUCGCGCGUCUAUAACAGACGUAACCUUUGUCAAUGGCCCCAGCUUAACCGGUUUGGCUCUUGCCGUCGAAAAACCAGGCGCCUUCAUAGUCGAUUACAAUGUUCCCAAGAAGGACUUUCGCUUUCAGUUUAUGAACACUGUUAGGGUUGCGGAGAAACCGUUGAAUUUGACUUACAUGCAUAGCAGGGGCGAUAACAAGACUGUUCUGGAUGGGACUUUGGUGUUGGAUUCUUCUAACAAGGUUUCGGCUAAUUAUGUGCUUGACACAAGAAAUUGCAAGUUGAAGUAUGUUUAUGUUCAUAAGGGGGAAACUGCGUUCGAGCCUUGCUACGACAUGGCCAAGAAUUCGUGGGACUUUGCUUUCUCGAGGAGACUUUGUGGUGAUGACUUGUUGAGGGCUUCUUACCAGACAUCGAGUAAGAUGCUGGGGCUUGAGUGGUCUCGGAAUUCCAAGCUUAAUGGCUGCUUCAAGAUUUCUGCAUCCCUUGACUUGGCCGAGGAGUUGAAGCUUCCGAAAAUCAGUGCUGAAACCACGUGGAAUUUUGAGAUGUAGUUUGCUUUCAAUACAAUGCUCCAUUUGUUUGAUUGGUUGACUAAGUUUUGAUGGUUUCUGCG